AUGGGCGAGCCCAAAACACUUGGCGAAAAGCAACCUCGCCCAACUCGCCUUCUGAAACGACCUGCGUUGGCAAACGGAGCGCCUGUCACUACCGCUGUCCUGAACUGGCAGUACGAUGGAAACGGAAUUCCAGGCGACGCCUUCGUCGUACAGUGGAUUGUAAAUGACCCCGGCAAUCCUCUUUUCUGGAAGAGCUGGUACAAGUGGUUUAUUGCACUCAGCGUUGCUUCAACUACGCUUUGCGUAUCCUUCUGUUCGUCUGCAUACUCGGGAGGUCUUGAAGGUAUCGAGAAGGAUCUCGGCGCCAGCCAUGAGCUGGCAACAGUGGGGCUUUCCCUGUUCGUACUGGGGUUUGGCAUAGGGCCUCUGAUAUGGGCGCCAUUGGGCGAGAUGUACGGCCGACGAGUUGUGUUCUUUGCAACCUUUGCGGCAUUGACUGCUUUCAACGCGGGGACGGCAGCUGCUCGCAACAUCGAAACGGUUUUGAUACUACGUUUCCUGGGUGGGACCUUUGGCGCCUCGCCAUUCACCAACGCAGGCGGGGUCAUUGCAGACAUUUUUAACAUCAGAGAUAGAGGGUUUGCAAUGUGCAUCUUCGCGGUCGCGCCAUUCAUGGGUCCUGUCAUUGGUCCUUUAGUCGGCGGUUUUCUGGGCGAGAUCGAAGGCUGGCGAUGGAUACAAGGCGUCAUGACCAUCUUCUCGGGCGUGGUCUGGAUCUUCGUCUCGCUUGCGGUACCGGAGACAUAUGCCCCAGUUCUCCUGAGGCGCAGAGCAGCCGAGCUGAGCAGACUGACCGGGAAGCUUUACCUGAGCAAAGCGGAGACGGAGACAGAGAACAAGCCAGCAUCUCUCAAGGAUGCACUGUACACCAAUCUCUCGAGACCUUGGAUCCUCCUCUUCCGAGAGCCCAUUGUUUUCCUGUUGAGCUUCUACAUGGCCGUCAUCUAUGGAACGCUCUACAUGCUCUUUGGUGCAUAUCCAAUCGUGUACCAGCAGUACCGCGGCUGGACUCCCGGAGUCGCUGGCCUUCCUUUCAUCGGAGUCGCAAUCGGGAUGCUGGCGUCUGUUGCGUACAACAUCUGGGUCGACAACCCACGCUACAUGCGCCUUCUGGACGAAAACAACGGCAAAGCGCCGCCCGAGGCUCGGUUGCCGCCGGGGCUGGUGGGCGCAGUGGCACUCCCUGUCGGCCUGUUCAUAUUCGCCUGGACCAACGGCCCUGAGCUGCCAUGGGCUCCAAGCGUCAUAGCCGGAGCGCCAUUUGGCUUUGCCAUGGUUCUCGUUUUUCUUUCAAUCAUGAACUACCUUGUGGACUCAUACACCAUCUACGCGGCAUCCGUCUUGGCCGCAAACUCGGUGUUUAGGGCCGUGUUCGGAGCUGUAUUCCCGCUCUUCACACGGCAAAUGUACGACGGUCUCGGUAUCCAUUGGGCGUCGACAAUUCCGGCCUUCCUUUCGCUCCUGUGCUUACCGUUCCCCUUUCUCUUCUACCGCCUUGGCGAAAGAAUCCGGAGGAAGUGCAAGUAUUCAGCAAUAGCCGCAGCGGCAAGUGAUUCUCUUCAGAAAUCAGCCGGCCAUUCUGAACCCGAGCAGUCUGUGUGA